AUGGUGUACCAUGAUGAAGUGCUCUCACCCCCAGGCCCUAAUGUGUUUGUGAAGGCCCUGCGAAAGCUUCCCAACCUCCAUGAUGAGCAGUAUGCCCUGGACGACAGCAUAGGUGGCCCACAGGAGAACACCCUUGUCCUGCCGCUGUGCAAACAAAAUAAGAGGAUAGUGUACACUGUUUUAGAGUACAGCCCCUUGCUGGACUCUUGCAAUAUGACCACAGAUGACUGGGCUACAAUUGGGAAGGACAUUGAGAAACACUAUGAGAAGUAUGACGGUUUUGUUAUUCUCCACGGCACGGACACCAUGGCCUACACAGCAUCCGCUCUGUCCUUCAUGUGUGAGAAUCUGGGGAAGCCUGUCAUCCUCACCGGCUCCCAGGUGCCGAUCUAUGAGAUGAGGAACGAUGGAAGAGACAACCUGUUGGGGGCGCUGCUGAUCGCUGGUCAGUUUGUCAUUCCUGAGGUUUGUCUGUAUUUCCACAACAAGCUGUACCGGGGCAACCGUGUGACCAAGGUGGAUUCUGGGAGUUUCAAUGCCUUCAAUUCUCCUAACCUGGCUCCUCUGGCCAAUGCUGAAGUGGAUAUUAAAAUUAACUGGGACACGGUGUGGAGAGCAAACACAACCUCGCCGUUCAGAGUGAGCACUCAGAUGAACCGUAACGUGGGUCUGCUGAGACUCUUCCCAGGCAUCACUGCGAUGACCGUGAAGUCCUUCCUGCAGGCGCCCAUGGAGGCCAUCGUCCUGGAGACGUAUGGUAGUGGAAACGCCCCUGAUAACUGUGCUGACCUGCUUGAGGAGUUCCGGAAUGCCACAGAGAGGGGCGUGAUCAUGGUCAACUGCACCCAGUGUCUGAGGGGUUCUGUCACCACAUCGUACGCCACUGGAAAGGCCUUGAGUGACGCAGGACUGGUGGCAGGCAGUGACAUGACUUCUGAGGCUGCCCUGUGCAAGCUGUCCUACGUGCUGGCCAGGACGGACCUCAGCAUAGAGAACAAAAGAAAGAUGCUGAGUCAGAACCUGCGGGGAGAGAUGAAGGCUGACCUGCAGGGGGCCAAGCUCACUCUGAGCGAUGACCUGGAUGAAGUCUCUGAGCAUCAGCUGUAA